UUUUUUUCCGGUAUGCCUGUAGACCUUUUGCCCCUAGCUGAAAAUUAUUCUUCGAUCAAGAUUUUAUUUAGCUUUAAAUCUACAAUUUCCAAUCAUUCCAAAAGAUAUUGAAGAAAUGAAGAUUUCUCGUUAUUUAAUUAAGCAAUUUUCUAACUGUGUUUUUGAAAAAGUUUGCUUGGAUACUGUUAUAUUUAAUUGUUAUUUUAAAUUGCAUCAAUUUAUAUUUAAUCCUCAAAUGCUUGAAGUAUUAUAUGAUGAAAAUAGAGAUAAAACAAAGAAUCCACUACCUUUACAGAUUCAUUCUCGAAAGGCUAAACUACGUAUUUACAAAAAUUACGAUCAUAAUAGUAUUUUAAAAUUUGCAUUUAAUCAUCUGAUUUCUAAUCAACUUAAAAUUCGGUUUGAGGAUGGCAUAAAAAUAGAGAAAUACCAGGAAGUUUUAUUGACAAUUUUGACAACUGGAGGAAAUCAAUUCGCUGAAGUUCGUUGUAAACAUCCCCAAUUAUCAGGACUUUCUGAACUUAUUAUAAAGCACAAAGAAACAUUAACUGAUACUUCGAACAUGGUUAAAGAAAUAAUAUUUGAAGACGCUUAUGGAAGUGAGAAGCGCAUACAUAGUUAA